AGUGAAUUUUGAUGAAGUGUGUAGCAUUCAAAUGUACAGAAAGCACCCUGACUUUACAAUAUGAUCCCACCGGAAUCAAUCAUCCAUGGUUAGCGUCAUUGUCAUCCUAGAAGAAAUAACCUGGCAUCUCUGGGGAAGUCCCAAAGAUUUUGUACCUUCCACCAGUCCGAGUCAUACGGAGUUAUAAACAAAUAGUGUGCAUGAAGAGACUAAUAAAUCGUUCUGAGAGUAGUAUCAUCUCUAUUCUCUAGCAUUGAACAUUGAACAUUGAACAUUGAACAUUGAACAUUGAACAUUCACAAUGUCUCUUCUUGUAUACAUUAUGUAAAUCUGGUAGAAAUCUCAGUAUAUUCUAAAGUCUUAAUCCCUUAAAUAAACUUUGGAAGUGUCAGAAUAGUUGGUAAUUUGGUAUAAUCUAGUGCUUGAGGAUGAAGUGUUGGAAUGUUGGAGACUUUGAACUACAAUUAUCUCCUCCAACCCCUCACAUUUCGUCACUUGAAAAUAAAGCUUCUGACUUUGCCAGUAGCUGUGAUAGCACCGCUGCUGCUGCUGCUGCUGCUACUGUUGCCAAAGCAUCCUGAACUAAAUCACCAGUUUUAGUUUCGCACGCUCACCAAUGGAUAAUGUAAGGAAGGGUAGUUAGGGACUGAAAAUAACUAAUACAUAAUGUGAUGUACCCUUUAGUUCGGUCCACAUGUAACCUGCAAUCUACUUCAUAAUUUAACCAACACUAAAUAAUUAUGAGUACAUAAAAAAUCAAAACCAGACAAUCAAGUCAACAAAAUGUUACAUUUGAUAAAGUUAUAUAAUCUUACUCUUUCUUGAAGAAAAACUUUGGGUUAUAUAUUUAUCGUUGACUUUAUUAAUGGAGGAAAAUAAAGCAUGUGCAUCAGUGCCAGAAAAACUUAAGCAUGAAUGAAAGUGUCAAAGCAUUUUAACUCUGUAAGCAUUCAUAAAAUAUUCAAGCAGAUGCCAUUGCCAGCAUUUAUAAGCUGUUAAAACUCAUAUUUAUCUUUUCUUGAGAGAUAAACAGAAGGAGAAAUUACAUAUCUGAAAAAUUUGUUGGAAGCUGCAAAGUUAAUUCCCAAAUCAUGGCUUCAAAGGUUAUUAUUAUUUUGAUUUUGAUCCUGGAUAUCAUCGCUUUUGGGCUUGCUGUCAAUGCUGAAAAAAGACGGAGUACUGCCCAAAUAGUUUCAGACCGAGACAUGAACUAUCAAUACUGUCGGUAUAAUACAGACUCUGUUGCAACAGGCUAUGGGUUAGGAGCAUUUUUCUGUCUUUUGGCUAGCCAAAUAAUUCUUAUGGCGGCUAGCCGUUGUUUGUGCUGUGGAAAGGGUCUAAGGCCGGGAGGAUCAAGGGCUUGUGCCACGACUCUUUUCAUCUUCUGCUGGCUAACUUUCAUCGUUGCUGAGGUCUGCUUAUUGGCGGCUUCUGUAAGGAAUGGAUACCACACAAAAUACAAGGUCUUCCUUGGAGAGAACCCACCAUCAUGUGAGGCUCUAAGGAAAGGAGUCUUUGCAGCUGGUGCUGCUUUCACCUUCUUCACUGCCAUUUUCUCGGAAUUUUACUACAUUUCCUACUCAAAGGCGAGGGGCUGAUCACCCUCAUCGCCAUCAUAAACAGCGUGUUAUGAUGCCAGGGGAAAAAAACACAGUACAACCAAAUGAUUUUUCGGGGUUGUUACUGAUCUGAUCUCAUAACUUUAUUGAUCUUACUAAAAAUCUUGGUUGUAGGAAUUAUGUGCAGGAGUUAUCUUGUAUCUGCUAUUUUUUUUUUUUUUUGGGUAAGCUAGAUUCAAUAGCGGCCUAUUUAUGUUAUCAUGUCUAGUGUUAUAAGUUCUUUUGGUACUUAGUCUUUAUUGGUAACAAUUUUCUUUGUUG